AUGGCUUCUAUCAUGUCGGCUAGACAAGUGCUCCGUCUGGGCAACCGCCUCAGCGUUCGGUCUUACUCAUCUGCUGUCAAGCAUGAGGGCGCCCGCGAUGUCAAGCGUCUCGGUGUUAUCGGCGCGGGGCAGAUGGGUCUCGGUAUUGCCCUUGUGGCUGCCAUGAAGGCCCAAGUCCCAGUUACCCUCGUCGACUCCAGCCAGAAGUCUUUGGAUAAGGGCCUUGUCUUUGCUGAUACUCUUCUCGCCAAGCAAGUCGCAAAGGAGAAGCUCACUCAGUUCCAAGCUGAUGCGGCGAGGGCCCUCCUCCUCCCCACCACCGCCCUCGAUGCCCUCCACGAAGCCGACUUCGUCAUCGAGGCUGUCCCAGAGAUCCCCUCUCUCAAAUUCGAGCUCUUUUCCCGCCUCGCCUCCAUCGCUCCCUCCCAUGCCGUCCUGGCGACAAACACCUCCUCCAUCUCCAUUACCCGUAUUGCCGCCGCCACCCAGGACCCCUCCAAACCUCUCGACACCUCCGCCUCCUCCCGCGUAGUAGCAACCCACUUCAUGAACCCCGUCCCGGUCCAAAAAGGUGUCGAAAUCAUCUCCGGCCUCCAGACCUCCCCCACCACCCUCGCCACCGCCGUCUCCUUCGUCGAGAAAAUGGGUAAAAUUGUCUCCUACUCCGUCGACUCCCCCGGUUUCCUCGCCAACCGCAUCCUGAUGCCCUACAUCAACGAAGCAAUCAUCUGCCUCGAAUCCGGCGUCGGAGACCGGGAUUCCAUCGACGCUAUCAUGAAGAAUGGCACCAACGUCCCCAUGGGUCCGCUCCAGUUGGCGGAUUUCAUUGGGCUUGAUACUUGCCUCGCGAUCAUGAAUGUCUUGCAUACGGAAACGGGGGAUAGCAAGUAUAGGCCGAGUGUGUUGUUGAAGAAUUAUGUUGCGGCCGGGUGGUUGGGGAAGAAGAGUGGGAAGGGGUUUUAUGAGUAUGCCCAAAAGAAGUAA